GGCAGAGCAUCAUUUAUCGUCGGCCAGCGACGUCGAUCGUUUUGUGGCGUUAACGUAGCCCUCAACUUCCCACCACCUGUCGCCCCUUCCACCUGUGCUUUACACUUUUUACCUUUUGUGUUUUUAUUUUUUGGCAAUCAGUGCAAAAAACCUUUUGUCAAAACGUGUGCGUGUGUUUUCUGUUUCUGUCGCUGCUUCUCCGAUUUUCGGGGUACUUUGAUAAAAUUCCAAAGUGCCCAGCAACUCGGGGACAAAUUUGUGCUCUCAUUAAGUCGCGUAAUUAAAAGGUGACCAAAGCCAAAAUGGUAAAGGAAAUAACUAACGGUAAAGAUGGACAGAAAGGGAAGCCCGAAGAUUCCCAAAAUUCGGCGCCCAUUCCGUAUCCCAAGUCGGUGGGCUUCAUCAUCAGCAAUGAGUUCUGCGAGCGCUUCAACUUCUAUGGCAUGCGCACCAUUCUGGUGCUCUACCUCACGAACAAGCUGGGCUACAACGAGGAGACCUCGACGGUGCUCUUCCACACCUUCACCAUGCUGGUCUACAUCUGCCCGCUGAUCGGAGCCCUGGUCGCCGAUGGCUGGCUGGGGAAGUACAAGACGAUUCUGUACCUGUCGCUGGUCUACAGCUUGGGCGCCAUGGUGGUGUCCUUCGGAGCCGUUCCCCUGCCAGGGAUGCCCACCAAAGCGGUGACCGUUGUGGGACUCCUGCUGAUUGCGAUCGGAACCGGCGGGAUAAAGCCCUGUGUCGCGGCCUUCGGCGGCGAUCAGUUCACACUGCCCGCCCAGAGUCUCCAGCUGGCCAAGUUCUUCUCGCUGUUCUACUUCGCCAUCAACGCCGGAUCCCUGAUCUCGACCACGUGCACCCCGAUCCUGCGGGCCGAUGUGCACUGCUUCGGCGACCAGGACUGCUUCUCGCUGGCCUUCGGAGUGCCGGCCGUCCUGAUGGUCAUCUCGGUGGUGAUCUUCAUGGCCGGCAGGAGGCUGUACAGAUGCCAGCCGCCCGCCGGCAACAUGAUAUUCGGAGUGUCGCGCUGCAUCGCGGACGCGUUCAAGGGAUGGCAGAAGCGCAGGCACUCGGAGCCGGCGGAGAGCUUCCUGGACUACGCCAAGCCGACGGUGGGCGCCCGGAUGGUCAGGGAGACCAAGUGCCUGGGCCGGAUCCUGCGCCUCUUCCUGCCCUUCCCCGUCUUCUGGGCCCUCUUCGACCAGCAGGGAUCGCGCUGGACCUUCCAGGCCACGCGGAUGGACGGCCGGGUGCUGGGCCUCCAGAUCAAGCCCGACCAGAUGCAGGUGAUCAACCCGCUGCUCAUCCUCGGCUUCCUGCCGCUCUUCGACUACAUCGUCUACCCGCUGCUGCGCCGCGUGGGCAUCCGGCGACCCCUGCAGAAGCUGGCCAUCGGCCUCCUGUUGGCCGCCCUGGGAUUCUUCUUCUCCGCCGCGCUCGAGAUGAAAAUGGAGCAGGCCGCCUACCAAGCCCUGCCCACGGAGCCGGAAAUGGCCCAUCUGCGGAUAUACAACGGCAUGCCCUGCCGCUACGAGUUCUCCAGCGAGGUGGCUGAGAAGACGGGCUUCCUUGAGCCGCUCAAGAUGUGGACUGACCUCUCGGUUUCCGUGCCCACGGCCAAGGAGUACGCGUUCAGGGCCCAACCCGUUUCGGGAGUGUGUCCCGCCGUCGAAGGCAAGCUGCGCCUGCAGCCGGGCCGGUCCGUGGGCUACUUUCUGGCGCAGGAGAAGCUGCUCGAGUUCGCCGACGGACUGCAGAUGGCGCCGAGCGACAGUGGGCCCACGCUGGUGCGGGCCUUGCUGAAUACGCCGGAGGGCGAGGGCCCCGUUCGGCUGACCAGCCGAUCGGCAGCUGGCAGCCAGGCGGCACCGCUCUCCCUGGACAGCCGGAAUGUGUCGCAGCUGCACAGGAUCCCAGCCGGCUCCUUCGAGGUGGACAUCAACGGCAAGAAGGUGGCCGACUUCGAGGCCAGGGGCGGCGCUCUCUACAGCCUGCUGGUGGCGGGGAACGCCCUCGACGGCUACCAGUACAACCUGCUCGAGGUGGUGAGCCCCAGUGCCGUGUCCAUUCUGUGGCAGCUGCCCCAGAUCGUCAUGAUGACCGCCGCGGAGGUGAUGUUCUCGGUGACCGGCCUGGAGUUCUCCUACUCGCAGUCGCCGCCCAGCAUGAAGAGCGUCCUGCAGGCCUGCUGGCUGCUCGCGGUGGCCAUUGGCAAUUUCAUUGUGGUGGUGAUCGCCGAGUUCAGGCUCACCACCUCGCAGUCCGGCGAGUUCAGCCUGUUCGCCACGCUCAUGCUGGUGGACAUGCUCAUCUUCAUGUGGCUGACCCGCAGCUACCAGUACAAGGAUCAGGCCGAGGACCGCGACGAGGACGAGGACGACGACGCCAUCGAGGAUGUGGUGCAGUCGAAGCCCCGGCCGGUGGAGGCUCCCCAGCGGAGAACCGCGGGACUGGAGGAGCCGGGCCACGGGGCCUAUCGCAAUCACGCCUACGACAACGAUUUCUCGGAGGCCUAAGGGCUCGUACUUAAAUCUCAAAUAUCGAAUCCCACAUCCCCUCAUCAUCGCAAUCGCAUUUAGUUAUAGUUAACUCUUGUAUUUAUUUUAUUCGUUCGCAUUUAUUCGUUUAGUCGGCUGUAAUCCGUUCGUUGAACGACGAGUAUUCUGUAUAUGCAUUUUUUUACCCGAUUGUCUUGUAAAUACAUUUUAUACGUUUUAUUGUA